UACGGUCGCCAUUUCGUCGUCCAUGACUAUAUGUGCCUUUUAGUAAUUAUUUAUCUAAAAUUUCUCAUUAUAAUCUGAGCCCUCAAAAUAUAUAUUUACGCACCAUCUUUUUUAUGUACAGGAAUAUCACGAGAUAUAUAUAGAGCAGCAGUAAAGAAUGGGACGGAAAUCGACUGGAAAUGUGAGAUUUGUGUUUGCACAACAUCUGAUACUCUGUCACCACCACCACCUAGCUUUUCUCUUCCUCAAGCGACGCCAGUACUUCGUCUUCCACCUCCACCAGGUUUUUCACUUCUACCACCACCGCCGGGAUUUUCUCUGCCUCCUCCACCGCCAACCACCAGUUCUGCUCCUCAACCACCACGACCACUGGUACAAUCACAUAGCGAGAACACGUCGUCAAGGUCACAAAUUGAUGUUGGAACGUUUGCUGUUCAACUUGAUCAGUCGAGCAUAACGGGUGAACCAAGAGCAGAGAGCACACGCCUUUCAUUUGAAUGCAAUGCAUCGCAGACCAUCGACAUUUCUGCUGUGUUGCCUGAGGUGCCAGUUUUGCCAACUCGACCAAAUAUCUCCUCAUAUGCAUUACAAGAAGAGUCACUGGUUGAAACGAGGCCGAUGGAGAUUAGUGAAACGGAGAAUUACACUCCGGAGUUUGUAGUGGUAGACCAAGGAACAGAUAGAGGGAAACCGAAGCUGAUUGAAACAAUCGGUUAUGCCUAUACCAGAAAGAAAGUGAAUGGCGACCGAAUUAACUGGACUUGCAGUGUUAGAGGAACCCACAACUGGUGCAAAGCUACAGUUAACCAAAAUGGGAAUAUCUUUUCUCGAGGCAAAGUGGAGCACAACCAUCAAGCAAAACCUGGACUGCUACAUCGAACCGAAGAAAACAAACAGGUCAAAACUCUAGCAAAGGAGAUUGUUGAAAGUGUGAAGCUUGCUGCCGACCAGGUUGAAAAUAUUCAGUCUGACUCGUGUACGUUUGAUAGCUGGGCAAGGAAGGCCAAUCGACAUCAAAAGAAAUUCCGACCCGAUGAUCCCAAAGACCUGCAGUUUGAUGUUGAUGUAGAGUACUUGUGCUCGGUAGACUCGGAUGCAGAAACGUUUUUCCAAGCGUCAGUCCGUGUCAACGAACAGCGGCAUCUGAUUUUUGCAACGCCAGCUCAACUUCAUCAGCUGGCCCAGGCGAAAACAUGGUACGUCGAUGGAACAUUUAAAAUCAUGGCGCCUCCUUUUGUGCAACUGUUUGGACUCCAUGCAUUCGUCAGAUCGGGAGAGACAAUGACCCAAGUACCACUGGCGUUUGUUUUGAUGUCGCGAAGACAAACAAUCGAUUAUUUAGGGGUAUUCAACAGUCUUCUAGAAAAAAUGCAACAACAGCCACAAGUGAGACGUGUCGUGUCUGAUUUUGAAGCGGCUACCUGGGCUGCGAUACGCGCCGUACUACCACAUGUUGAAUUGAAAGGGUGCUUAUUUCACUGGACCCAGGCGGUUUUCAAAAGGAUCAGACAAGAAGGACUGGAAAAAUCGUACCAUGACAAGGGACGCACAUACGUAUUCCUGAAACAAGUUCUGUCUCUGCCUUAUUUGCCAGCUGAGGAUAUUGAGGAGCAGUUCGAGCGACUUUGCGCUGUUCCGGAAAUCCCGCCAAAGGUGGAGAACGUUCUUGCAUACAUGAAAAGAACAUGGUUCAGAAGUAGCGUAUGGAAGGUGGAGAAUUGGUCCAUUUUUGGAUUGCCAAUUCGAACUAACAACAACACAGAAGGCUGGCAUCGGAGAAUCAACGCAAGGGCUACCAGAGAUGGAAUCCAGUUUUACUUGUUGGUUCCUCCUUCUACGCGAAGCGAAGUUAGUCAAAAUGACGAUGGAGCGAGUUAGCGACGGACGGCUUGGACGUCUACAGAGAUCCAAGCAGAGGACGAGGCAGGGGGAAGUUUUCCAAAUAUGGACACAAUACCAUGAUGGUGAAAUUUCUGCUAAACACCUUCUUCGAGCUAUUGGACAUUUGUUGUAGCAUAGGCUGAAACGCAAUGUCAUAUGUUAUGACUGAUAAUUUAAAUUAAAUUGAAAUGAAAAGACAUGGUUUUUUGCUUUGUUUGUUUGUUUAUUCAAAAUGUUAUUAUUAAUAUUGUUACCUUGCUAUUAUAUGAAGUUUACCUAUUGAAGUGGGUCGGUGGUCUCAGAAAAGUUAUUACUUUUCUUAAUGCCAAAUUACAACGAAAAACAAAUUGAUCUGAUCUGGUCUGAUCUGCCUACGAAAAGAAGAUGCAAGUUGUGUGUGUGUGUGUGAGAGAGAGAGAGAGAGAGGGGGGAUGGGAAGAACGGAAAUCGGGUACAAACGAAUCGUCGGUGGACGAAAUGGACACGGCCAGUUAAUAAAUAUUUUGAAAGUGUCAUUGAUUUGUGGUCGUAAUUUAUAUUUCUUUGAUAAAGCAAACCACUUAAUAAUGAUAAUAAUCAACUACACUGUCAAAGAAAUAAUUAUUUAUAGUUAUAUAGUAAAUUCUGUAAUUGAGUGGACGAAAUGUCCGAUGUGGGUGGACGAA